CGGAACGCGCAGGUUCGGUUCUCAAACGCUCCCAGCUCCUCCUGGGGCAGCAUAAAGUCAAAUACUCGGAGCUGUAAACAGGCAGUGAUUCUGAGAAAUGGACGAGGGCGUUUUUCAAGCUUAUGAAGAGGAAAUCCAGGCACUGGAAGAAGAAAUUAGGCUGUUGACAGAAGAGUAUGAAGAUAUGCAACAAGAAUCCACCUUCUUUUCUGAUGAGGAGAUACUGAAGUCAAUAAAAUCGUUCCAAACAGAAACUCAGGGAAAAACCAAGGGACAUGAAUCUCCAUCAGACCUGAUAGCUCAGCUUGAAAGUCUAGAAACAGAUCUCUCAUUUUUAAUGGAAUUUACUGGCUUUCAUUUCACAAGUCAUUCCAAGAAAACAGUGGAAAAAACUCAAAACAGGACGGUGCAGAAGCACAGAUUAUCAGGGAGGUGUCACUCCCUGUCUUUUCAACUGGAAUUCCAGCUUCUUGAAAUGCAGAACAAUGAGAAAGUGUCUGCUGUUGUUAGUGAUCUCAGCAUUAUAAUGGAAUCCAGAGAAGAUUCAAAUGUGAGCAAGUUUGUGUCACGCACUGAAGAGCUUGGAGAUCUUCCAACAUUUUUCAGAAGCCUUUCAACCUAUGCUGAGUGGCAUGAACAUCGUAGAUGCACCUUCCACCAUUUCAAGGCCAAGUAUCCCGACGUCGUGACCCUUCCGGAAGGACUGCUGGGAGAUUUUAUAAUUCUGAGGAACCCCAACAUUUCUGGGUUUGAAUUGAUGAUUGUCUGGAGGAUCCACCUCGAUGAAGAAGGGACCACUACACCUGUCCUGGACCUGCUGCCCAAAGUACCAGAGCAAGUCCUGGAGCAGAGGAUGAGGAGCGUGGAGAGCAUCCCUGGCCGCUUCCGGAGCGCGCUCCGGCUCUUCGGGAUCGAGGCAGCCAUCGAGAACCUGAUCAAAGUGCUGGGCUCAGAAAAAUGAAUGCCAGCAUUACU